AUGUAUGGGUCGGAAUGCUGGCGCAUGACGAAGCCGGAUACUGCAAAACUGUCGUCAUUCCACACCACCUGCCUCAGAAAGAUUUUGCGAAUCUUCUGGCCCAGAAAGAUCUCCAACAACGAACUUCUCCAGCGAUGCAACAUGGAAGACAUGGAAACGCUCAUAACCAAGAGAAGAUGGAGAUGGAUUGGUCAUGUACUGAGGAUGAACAACGAUUCCAUUCCGAAAGUGGCACUCCGAUGGACCCCAGAUGGCACGCCACCCGGCGUGAAAGGCAGUACCGACGACAUAGUAACCGAACUAAAUGGUUUGGUCCACACGCCGCCGUCCUCUAUGGCUGACAUCGCCGAGAGGCUCACCCAAAGUAAGACGCCACCUCCUCAACCCAACCGAGGGGCCAAGCGCAACAUCCUUGUGGGCAGAGGCAAUGCAAAGCUAACCACACGUCCAGCAAGUACCCCGCUUCGGAUAGCGAGCCCGGUUGGCGACGUCCAUGCUACUAGACGCUCCGUAUCUAGAGCUUCUUCAAGAAUUCAGCAAGGUUCGCGUAUGGAUAUUGUCGAGGACGACAAAUCGAAAGGCGUUCUAGCAAGUGUUACGCAAGAUGAGGACAGUGUGAGAAAAGUUUUGUCCAUCUCUGAACGAACUAGACAGAAAGUUCAACACGACCGCUCUCAGACAUCGAACAAAAGUCUUCAACGCCAAUGUGAGGUCGCAGCGGCCUUUUUAAAACAGCGAAAGAUUUUACUAAUUACUGGCAAAGUUGGUGGUGGAAGAACGCGAAUCGCUACAGAGCUGCAACUUGCUCUCACAACAGUCAAAGACGACGUUUUGCCCUUGCAUUUUAAAGUGCCCAGUGAUUUAAAUCUUUUGCUGAACAAUUCGAUUAACGCUGUGGUAGUUAUUCCAGAUUGUUUUGGUACUGGUAAGUUGGAUACUGCUAAAGUAAGCGAGUUUCAGCGGUUAACGGAGACAUCAUAG